GACAGGUGCGGCGGGCCGGGAAGUUGCUGACUAAGCCGGGCCGGGCGGAGCCGGGGCGGCGGCGGCCGGAGGAGCGGGGAAGCGGCAGCGGCGGCGGCUCCGCCGAGCCUCGGGUCGCAGCGUCGGCGCCUCCGAGGGGCUCAUGGGGACGGCGGCGAGCCACAGCAGCGAGGAGGAGGAGGAGGGCGCCGAGGAAGGCAUGGAGGGGGCGGCCGCCGCGCCUCAGCCCGGCGCCGCCUUCCCGCCGGGCUCCGCCGCCAGCCCGGCGCCGCCGCUGCCGCCGGCCGAGGUGCUGCUGGAUCAGGCCCGGCUGCGGGAGGCCACGGCGCGGCUGCGGGAGGCGGCUCUGCCCGAGUCGCUGGUGUCGCGACACCACAGCACGCUGGUGCGCUGGCUGGAGGAGCGCCUCAGCCGCGGCGACGAGGCCGUCAGCCUGGAGCAGUUCUGCGAGGUGCUGGAGAGCGUCUCCCGCCUGGCAGCCGGCUCCCGCGGCGAGAGCGAGGAGGCCUUUGCACAAUUUGAUGCUGAAGGAGAUGGCACCGUAGAUGUGGAGAAUAUGCUGGAGGCUCUCAAGAAUUCUAGUGGAGCUAAUCUUCAGGGGGAACUUAGCCAUGUAAUCAGGCAACUGCAAGCUUGUUCACUAGUUCCAGGUUUUAUUGAUAUAUUUUCUGAAUCGAAAGAGCGUCUUGGUCUUCACGCUUCAAUGAUACUGAGAUUCUUGCACCGGAAUCGGAUUUCUAGUACGGCCAUCCCUUACCCAGUGUUGGAGUACUUCAAUAAUAUCUGUACUAUGCGGUCUUCUGUAUUGAAGGAUUCUUUAGAUCGACUUCUCCUAAAAGAGAGAGACUACCCCAGUGACUUGAAUGGUAAUCAGGAGUCGGACAAACUGAAGUCUGUCACAAAGUGCUAUACUCACAUAGAAACCUCAUCCAAUUCUGCGGAUAUUGACAAGAUGACAAAUGGAGAAACUACAUCCUUUUGGCAGUCAGAUGGGAGUGCUCGCUCACAUUGGAUACGUUUAAAGAUGAAACCAGAUGUUGUUUUGAGACAUCUGUCCAUUGCGGUGGCAGCCAAUGACCAGAGUUACAUGCCACAGCAAGUUACAGUGGCAGUGGGAAGGAAUGCCAGCAGUCUUCAGGAGGUCCGAGAUGUUCACAUUCCAAGCAAUAUCACUGGCUACGUAACACUGUUGGAAAACGCUAACAUUAGUCAGAUGUAUGUACAGAUAAACAUCAAGCGUUGCCUUAGUGAUGGAUGUGACACUAGAAUCCAUGGACUCAGGGCUGUCGGUUAUCAAAGAGUUAAGAAGGUGGGCGUCUCUGUGUGCGAUGCUUCAGCUAUCUGGUACUGGUCUCUGCUGACCUCUCUGGUAACAGCUUCCAUGGAAACAAAUCCAGCAUUCGUUCACACUAUUUUACAAAAUACUCAGAAAGCACUGCAACACAUGCCACCUCUAUCACUCACACCAGGCUCUACAGAUUUUUCAAGCUUCUUAUCUCCAAAUGUUUUGGAAGAAGUCGAUAGCUUCCUUAUAAGAAUAACAAGUUGUUGUACUACUCCAGAGGUUGAACUUACACUCUUGGCCUUUGCCUUAGCCAGGGGGAGUGUUGCUAAAGUGAUAAGUUCCCUUUGUACAAUCACUGAUCAUCUGGACACUCCAUACAAGGCUUCAUCCCUUAUCGCUUCCAUGGCAACAGUUAGACAGAACCUGCUGUAUAAAUACGGAAAACCAUUACGACUAACUUUGCAAGCAUGUGAUGUAAAGGGAAAAGAAGAUAAAUCGGGGCCUGAAAACCUGCUUGUAGAGCCAUGGACUGGGGAUGGUUUUCUUACUGAAACUGGGAAGACCAGAGCAAGUAUCAUUCUUUCUACUGGAACUGAAUCUUCAUUUCAAGUGACGCAAAUUAGAAUAAAGGUCCGAAGAGGUGCUAUUGGGGCCCAAUGUGGGCUAGUGUUUGCUUAUAAUAGUGCUUCAGAAAAGUUCCAUGCAGAGGAACACUUCAAAAGAUUUGAAAGCUAUGACAAAUGGAAGCUGCGGGAAUUCAAACAAUUUUUAAAGAACAGAAGCAGUUGUUCAUGCGAUGAUUUGGGAGAUGAUGAUCCUAUUGGCUGGUUUGAAGUGGAAGAAGAAUGGGAUGAAGUUGAUGUCAAAAUGCAGCAAUGCAGAAUUUCCCAAUACUUGAUGAUAAAGUUCUUGUGCACAAGACAAGACACAGCAGAACGGCUUGGAGUUCAGGGCCUGAAUGUUCUUGGGUAUCUUCGGCCUAUGCGAGAUGAGCCCAAUAGGAGCAUGAACUGCUUGCAGUGCAGGAAAACUGAUGGCGAUACAGUUUGUGGCACAACUCUUCUCUUGAAGACGCUUCAUUUCAUCCAGCAGCUGGCGCAGGACCUGGUUCAACAGAAGGAGAGUGGAUUAAAAUACAAGUCAUUUUUAGAUUUCACAGGCCUUGAUUUGCAGCUGUUCUGGAAUUUUUACAAUAAACUUCACCAAAACCCAAGGGAAGAAUGUAUCUUUGCUCAAACACUGCUAUUGCAGCUUCUCCAGAGCUGCUUCUCUGUACUUACUGGAGACAAUAAAAAUGCUAAACCUCAAGAAACUUCUCAGAACAAAACAUCUGGUCACACAGAAGCUGCAGAAGAGCUUUAUAGACAUUUGUGUGAAGUAGUGGAUAUGGGGGACAGUAACUUCAUGCCAAUGAAAAUGCUAAAAGAGGAAGUUAAGAACACCUUACUCAGUGGAGCAGCAAUCUUUUUCCCAGAUAGACAGACCAGGCGACACCAGCUCUUCACCAUGAUGAAAAACAUCACAGAGCAAGAACAUAAGCAAUCUGUACAUCUUGCGUUCAGAUCCUUGUGUACCCACUUCAGUGAUCAAGAUCCAGGUGGACUCCUAUUAUUACCAGAGAAAGGAGUUUCUGCAAAUUUUGACAUAAGCGAAGUGCUAUCAGUCAUGGAUACCCUUCUGCUAGUGGCAGCAAGAGAGUGUGAAAUGAUGAUGCUGGAUGUUGUACAGCAAGAGAGUGGCACAGUCUUGUCCUCCUUAUUCUGGUCUGUUCAAGGUAGCCUCCUUUCAUGGUGCUACCUGCAACUUAAGGGUAGCGAUAAUUCAGCCAAGGAUCUUGCAGUAGAAAUACUUAAAAACUAUGUGGGCCAGUUCCUGUCAAAUAUCAGAACGAUUUUGCAGUCACUUUUAUCUCAAUAUAGUGGCAAAACAAUAGUAGAAAAAAUAAGUAACUCUGUCUUUGCUAUGGCAACUCGUCAGCUGGUCAUCUUCUUGUUGGAUUUUUGCACUUUAGACAUUCCAUACUGUACUCUGCUACAGGGAUUCAGCACUUUGAUAGAACCACUGAAAAGCCUUUGUAGUGAGCCUCAUAAGAUGGAAAUGGAAAGCUGGCAGCAAGAACAGCCUGUAGUAUUGCGAACGUGGACAAUGGAAUCGCCUCAUAACUAUGAAAAUAAUUGCCAUGAGGUCUCAGUCUUCCUAUGUCAUGGUGCAACUUACUUUGAGGUGGAAUUUGAUGAAAAAUGUGAAACUGAAAGAAGGUAUGAUUACCUGGAGUUUACUGAUGCCAGAGGUGCAAAAACUCGUUACGAUACAAAGGUUGGCACUGAGAAGUGGCCUAAGAAAGUGACCUUUAAGGCUGGCCCACGGCUGCAGUUUCUCUUUCACUCUGACAGCAGUAAUAAUGAGUGGGGCUACAAGUUUUCCGUCACUGCUUAUGGCCUACCAGAUGUUGCCGUUUCUUGGGGCUUGGAUUUACAGCUUCUUGUAUCCCGGUUGAUGGGGCGCUUGGCUUCCCGAAGUAUGGCACUGAAAUCUCUACGAGAACUAGGUAGUGAAGCAGACUUGCCUCCUUUGAAAGUAACAUCAGUUCUUAAUUCUCCUCUGUGGAAACCUGUCUUCAGGCAUCAGAUGUGUCCUGAGGCACUCCCCAGAGCCAGUCAAAGCAGUAGAUUGCACCAAGAUAAAAAAGAGGCUAGGAGCUCUGACCAAGAUGACUGCCGUAACUUUCUUAUCAACUUUGCAAAAUCAGAUCCUGCCCAGGACUUCAGUGGGCAAAAAUCUGAACUUUUCAAAGGACUUAUACAGGCAUGUAAAAAACAGACCCCAAAGACAGAUAUAGUUGCUGGUUCUACUGUUGAUCAAGCUGUGAACUCAACAUUUGCUGCUUUGGUGUAUCUCACUCCAGAUUUGUAUGAGAAGCUUCAAAAAUAUGUCAACAGUGGAGGCAAGGUGCCUUUGAGUGAUGAGUUUGCACAAGUAUAUUCCCUGGCUGAUUCAAUUAGAAUAUGGAUGUUGGAAAUGAAGCAGAAAUCCCUCAUGGGUAGGGGAAAUGAUACUGAGGAGAAGCAGAACACAGAGGCAAGUGAGGUGAACCCAGAAACUCUUGCAAAACUUUGUAUGCAGAAGAGCCUUUUGUUACUGAAUUUUUUGCCUGUAAGAGCAAAGACGAAAGAUUCUGCUUCAGACAGUUUGGAAGCCCAAAAUAUUGAUGAUAUCCAACAGUAUGUCAGUGACAAAUGCCAAAGAAAAGGUUCUGUUGUGGAUGCAGACUUCCAGGCAGCACACUCAUUGUCUUCCAAUGAAGUAACUCAUCCUGUUUUAAAAGAGGGGGGCCAAAUGAUAAAAUCUGAUAGGAAGAUUAAACAAGUUCCAGACCCCCUCCAAACAGAAGAAGCAUCUGCAUUUCACAGUAAGCCUGUUGAGAAUACAGUUUCACAGCAAGAAGAUAUAUCAUCACCUCCUUCCACUCCUACACGAAAAUCUCAGUUCAGCCGUGGAAGACUAAGGCUGCUGUCUUUCAGAUCAAUGGAAGAGCCGAGAGCUGUGCCUACUGUGAAGGAGAAAUAUCCUGUAUUGAAAAACAUACUAGAUUUUAUUAAGGAUCAAUCACUUUCACAUGAAAGUGUUUUAAAGGUUCUUGCUUUGAGAAAAUCCCAAGGGCAGAGUAUUAUGGAAGUGCUCAAGACAAUUCGCCAGUGCCUAGACUCACUUGGGCAGCCACACUGUUUUCAUCCACCGUGUGUACUUUUUCUCUUAGAACUUCUAGCCUGUCAGAAAGACUUUACAAACUACUUCGGAAACCUGGAAGGCUGCGGUGCUGAGCUACACAAAGAGAUUCGAGAGUCCUACUAUCAGCUUGUUUUGUUCCUGGUAAAUUCUGUGAAGGGAUUUAGUACUAUUAAUGACAGAUCAUUGCUUCCUGCCUUAUCGUGUGUGCAGACAACUCUCCUUCACCUUUUGGAUAUGAGUUGGGAACCAAGCGAUCUUUCCUUUUUUGUUGAGAUUCAGUUACCACAUCUUCUUAUGACUACAUCACAAGAAAAUAUAAGUAUUCAUGACAGUAUCAUUUGUCAGUGGAGUGAAGAAGAUGAAAUUGCAGACUACAAGCAAAACUGUGAGUGGAUGGAUGAAUGUCAGGAUGUAAUGUUUGAGACCUGGUAUGAAAAGAUAGCUCAAGCUGACCCAGAGAAGCAGAGAAAGAUGCACAUGUUUGUUGCUCGUUACUGUGACCUGUUAAAUGUGGAUAUAUCCUGCGAUGGCUGUGAUGAAAUUGCACCAUGGCAUCGCUACCGCUGUCUGCAAUGCAAUGACAUGGAUCUAUGUAAAACUUGUUUUCUUGGUGGAGUUAAACCCGAAGGACAUGAGGAUGACCAUGAAAUGGUUAACAUGGAGUAUGCCUGUGAUCACUGUCAAGGAGUUAUCAUAGGUCGGAGAAUGAACUGCAACGUGUGUGAUGACUUUGACCUUUGCUAUGGAUGCUAUUCUGCAAAGAAAUACUCUGACAGUCACUUGCCUACUCACAGCAUCACAGUGUAUCCAAUGGUGACUAUUCGAAUCAGUGACCGACAGAGGCUCAUCCAGCCGUAUGUCCACAAUUAUUCCUGGCUGUUGUUUGCAGCUUUAACUCUCUAUAGUGCAGAUCUGGCAAAUGGGGAGGAAGUAGAAGGAGAGAAACUAGAUUCACAGGUCCUCAGUCAUGCCAGAGUUCUGCAACAUCAGUGCAUACAGCUCAUCGGAGACUGCUUGAUGAAAGCACAGCAUGGAAAAGGUCUGAAAAAUUUAGCUCUCCUCUGCAUGUUACCGGAAGGUGAAUCCUUCUCAGAGAACGACAUUGUUUCAGUCAGUCCUUCCACAGAUGGUGCUCCAAAAAGUCAUACUGGUGAUAAAGCAGUGAAGGGAAGAGAUGAGAAACCAAGCACAGGCUCUUUUAUGCAUUGUAAUGGGAAAGGAGAUACUCGCAAUGAAAUCCAGUCUCCUGCAGAAGAUAAAGUAGGAAAACAAGGAAGUGAAAGCAAAGCUGUCUUUGCAAAGAAAGCUGUUUUGAGACAAGCGUCAGACUUGUCUGUGGAUAAUAAUGUUUCUCCAACAGCAGAUGACUACCUCUCAGAGGAUUCAGCCCAGAAACAAGCAGAGAAGGUUUUAAUCCCUAGCCAGGAACAAGUUUUUGCUGAAUGCUCUCAGAAGAGGAUUCUAGGAUUGCUGGCAGCUAUGUUACCACCUUUUAAAUCAGGCUCUACAAUGUCCUUGAUUAACCUGGAACAAAUACUUCCACUGAUGUUUCAGGUUGUAAUCUCAAAUGCUGGCCACCUGAAUGAAACUUAUCAUUUAACAUUGGGACUUCUGGGCCAGUUAAUCCUGAGACUUAUGCCUGCAGAAGUGGAUGCUGCGGUGGCUAAAGUCCUUUCAGCCAAACAUAAUAUGUUUGCUGCGGGAGAUGGGUCUACAGUGCCAGAAGGCUGGAAGACAACUCAUCUUCUGUUCAGUCUGGGAGCUGUGUGUUUAGACAGUCGUGUAGGUCUGGACUGGGCAAGCUCCAUGGCAGAUAUUCUUCGAUCUUUGAACUCUUCUGCGCAGUGGCAUAAUGUGAUCGCUGCUUUCACUGACCAUUGCAUUAAGCAGCUGCCCUUCCAGCUAAAGCACACCAAUAUCUUCACUUUAUUGGUGCUGGUUGGGUUUCCUGAGGUGCUGUGUAUGGGGACGCGUUCUGUGUACAUGGAUAAUGCUAACGAGCCUCAUAAUGUGAUCAUCCUGAAGCAUUUCACUGAGAAAAACAGGGCAGUUGUAGUAGACAUCAAAACCCGAAAGAGAAAAACAGUAAAAGACUAUCAGUUGAUUCAGAAAUGUGGACAAGAAGGCAGCGAUUCCCAGACCCAGCUGAGACAAUACCUCCAGCACUUUGUUCUUAUAUCCACACACCUUCUGCAAACCAGCAUGGACAGUAGCUAUGCUGAGGCAGUGGAAGCAACUUGGGUCUUGUCGCUCGCUCUAAAGGGGCUUUACAGAACACUUAAGAUUCAUGGCUUUAAGGAGAUCCAAGCUGCCUUUCUUCAGUCUGGUUUACUCAAGCUUCUAGUGAAGAAAUGUAGCAAAGGAACUGGCUUCAGUAAGACCUGGCUUCUCAGAGACUUGGAGAUUUUGUCAAUAAUGCUAUAUUCCUCAAAGAAAGAGAUAAGUUCCUUGGCUGAGCGUGAGGAUACUGAACUGGAAGAAAGGGAACAAGAUCAAGAUGUGGAACAGCCCAUUGUUGGCCCUGUUGAUGUAGAGCAGAACAAACUUGAUCCUUUGGAGGGUUUGGAUGAAGCCACCAAAAUAUGCUUCUUGAUGACACAUGAUGCACUUAAUGCUCCUCUCCAUAUCCUUCGAGCCAUGUAUGAGUUGCAAAUGAAAAGAACAGAUUCUUUUUUUCUGGAAGUUCAAAAGAGGUUUGAUGGAGAUGUAAUUACAACGGAUGAGAGGAUCCGAACACUGGCUCAGAAAUGGCAACCCAGUAAGCGUUUGAGGUUGGAGGAGCAGAGUUCAAAAGCAGUAGAUACAGAUAUGAUCAUCUUACCAUGUUUGUCAAAGCCUGUGCUCUGUGAUAAAGCAACAGAAGAAACCAAUCCGGUCGCCCAGAAACUGAUAACCAACACAGAGAGUGAUCUACAGCUUAGUUAUGCCAAGCAACGUCGCACUAAGAGUUCAAUACUCCUGCACAAGGAGCUGGACUCUAGAAGUAAAAAGGCUGUGAGGGACUACCUGUAUCGUGUAAAUGAGGCAACUGCUGUUCUUUAUGCGAGGCAUGUGCUGGCAUCAUUGUUAGCUGAGUGGCCAGAUGACGUGGCAAUAAAUGAGGAAAUCCUAGAUCUUAGUGGACCAGCCCAUAUGACAUACAUACUGGACAUGCUUAUGCAGCUAGAGGAAAAGCAGUUAUGGGAAAAAAUUCUACAGAAGGUACUGCAUGGGUGCAGUGAGAGCAUGCUAGGAACGAUGGCAUUGACAGCUUGCCAGUUCAUGGAGGAACCCGGAAUGGCAGUCCAGAUGCGUGAAUCUAAACAUCCUUAUAACAACAAUACUAAUUUUGAGGAUAAAGUUCACAUUCCCGGUGCUAUCUACCUCUCAAUCAAAUUUGACUCUCAGUGUAAUACGGAAGAAGGCUGUGAUGAGUUGCUCAUGUCCAGCAGCAGUGAUUUCCAGCAGGACCGGCACAGCUUCAGUGGGUCUCCGCAGAAAUGGAAUGAUUUUGAGCUUCCAGGAGACACACUCUAUUACCGAUUUACUUCUGACAUGAGUAACACUGAGUGGGGUUAUAAGUUUACAGUGACAGCAGGUCAUCUUGGAAGGUUUCAGACAGGGUUUGAAAUUCUAAAGCAGAUGCUCUCUGAGGAAAGGGUAGUUCCUCACCUCCCACUGGCCAAAAUCUGGGAAUGGCAGGUCGGGGUAGCAUGCCGUCAGACUGGUCACCAGCGUUUGAAGGCUAUCCACUUGCUCUUGAAGAUAGUGCAGUGCAGUGCCCAGAGGGACUGUGACCUCACCUUGUUGAAGCCACUUUGGCAGCUUUUCACCCAUAUGGAAAACAACUUGUGUCAUGACAUGGCCAAGCCUGGUAUUCUCCUUCCUCUUCAUCGUGCACUUGCAGAACUCUUCUUUGUUACAGAAAACAGAGUUACUGAGCUUGGAUCUCUACAGGAGUAUUUGCUUGCCUUAAAUACUGAAGAUCAUCUUCAUCGCUGCACAGCACAGGCCCUGAAAAACAUUGCUGCUAUCAGCCUUGCCAUUAACUAUCCAAACAAAUCAACAAGUUUCUGGAAUGUUUAAUACUGGCUCAGGCCGGAGUGCAUGGGAUAGAGUAGUUUGUCCAUAGGAACCUUGGAACAAACAUCUUAACUCCGUUCAGGAAAAGUUCCUUCAGCUUCAGUGUAUGAGCACUCUGCAGCCUUCCUUCCUUCCACCUUGAUGUAGAAUUUGUAAAAGUAAAAGCGCACUUCAAUGAAAAAGCACAUCUUGAAGUAACUCACAUGUCGCCUACAGUUAUGUAUGCACAUAUUGUAGCAUGUUAGAGUAAACAGAACAAUAUUUUUUUUUAUUCAGAGGAAGUAAAUGAAAGAAGGUAGCUGAAGUAUGAGAAUGGAAGGCCCCCGCAUUGGUAUCAUCUGCUCCCAAGGAAACUUGAUUGAUGGAACGUGACAGCUUUGAAAAUACUGCUGAACUCGGAGUGAUGCCGUCAGCAGCAUCUAUUAUAUAUCACUGAAGUGAAAUAGGCAAACGAGAAUCUGGUGGGCAGAUGCAGAAAUGGUCCACACUUGAAUCCUGUCAUGUUUGCUUUUGCUUUGAAGGCUACUACCCAAGGAAAAGAAUUCUUACUAAACUACGGGUUCUAAAACAAAUUCUGGGUGAUUCACAUAGCAGUUGAAGGAUUCCAGUUUCAGAGCAUCCUCGUGCAAGAGGUUAAUGUUUCUCCUGUUCUUUGAUUCGAUCAGCUGGAUCAUCUAUUCUUACCUUAAUUUAUCUUCAGUGUGUUAUUCUAAAUAGUAUAUUAUUCUAGUGCAGAGAGCAAAGGCUGGCCUCCAUUCACGAAGCAGUGGUAAUAUGAAGAACUGAGGAACUUUACAUGUUUCUUGAAGAUCACAUCUUUAUGAGAAAUUAUUCAUGAGGCUUUUUUCUUUUAAUUAUUUCAGUACUAGUGGCUUAGGAGGUCCUUCUUGGCAACGUUGGGAACCUGGACUCCCAGCACUCAGGGUGGGGGUUAAUGAUCGAUCCAGUCUUACCGUAUAGAGCAAUAACUGCAUUACUCUUAUUGAACAUGGAAUGAAUUGCAGACCUUCUAUGCUGAAAUAAAUUGGCUUUCUUCCUGCUCAACUACGCUGGUUAUUCCCUUUCCAAAGAGUUAAAAAGAACAUAGAAGGAUUUGGGGGUGUAUUUUGUAUCCUGUUAUACAGUAUGUAGAGCUGGUCUUGUCAGGUAUGAAUUCGGAGAACUUUUUAUGCUAAUUACUUUCUUCUUCCCUUCCUCACCUCAACCUUAGGGUGUGAAGAAAAGGCAACCAAAAGCUUCAGUAGUAACUGAAUGCAAGUUGUGUAAAGGCAGUGGCUCUGUCAGAAGGGAAUGUACUUACUGACCUUGCUUGUCCAAAAGGUGAGUGGUGCCUAAAUAGCAAUGUGCACAGGAGCACCACUUUGGGGGAUGACCUCUGAAUUGAUGGUCUUAUCAGCUGGGGCUGGAAUUUUAAGGGUGGUCCAAUCUCCCUCUGAGAGGGAAACAUGCAGUAAUACAUCCCCUGGUUUUUGGAUGGCCUCUAGUGCUGUAGUUAAAGAUGUUUUCACUUCUGUUCAGCCAGGUGAGUGCAAAGUGAAUGCUUCUUCAGGGAAUGAGGUUGAAUCAGAAUGUGAUUAUUCUGCCUGAAAGACUUAAAACUGAAGACCAAGGAGCACUAUGCUGAAGCCAUUGCCUUCAGGAGUGGAGUGGCCCUCUUAGCAAAUGAGAAUGCCAGAAUUCAGGAAAAACGUACUGUUUAUCAAAGACUGAAAGGAGGUGGAGAGAUACUGCUCUGAAACCUCUCCUCGAGUAUACUGUAGUUGAAGGUUAAAGCCCAUCUUCCUUCCUGAAUGAGAUCCCGAUGGGAAGGGAAUUGUCAAAGUUGUGGCAUAUCUUUAACAUGGAUCAUUUUGUUCUCACAUCCGAGUAACGUAUUUGAGUUUGCAGUCUCACUGCAGGGGUGUCCAAGAGACCCCUGAGGAACCAACUGUUUCACACUAUCUAAUAGUGUGAACAGAUUCUGGGAACGGGGAGCUGCUGCACCAAAAUGAGACAUUCUAAAGUCUACUUUAGGGAGUCGUAUCGAUGGGACAGGUGAGCAUUUUGAAAUUGCUCUUCUUGAGCAGUAGGACUUUCUAUUCACUGCCUCAGUGUGAAUCCAUGGCUAAGCGGUCAAGGAUAUGCAAUGGGCUGAUUUGCUAAGGCAUGUAGCAUGCUGCUGAGAUCUGCCUGUUUUAGUGAAAGAAGGCUUUUUUUCUUUUUUCGCAUCAGGGAUGAAGACUGUAAAUAAACCAUUCAUAGAACCUGUCAUGGCUCUAUCAUAUUCACAUUUUUUUCCGUUGGACUGUCUUUUUGCUUUCUGUAUGAAGAUAUGAGGCUGCAAGGAUGACACAGGAGUGGCCAGCGUUCCUUACUAGGCGUACCACUUAACUUACUCUACCAGCAGUAACUGGCCUUGUGAGUCAGUCGUCUUGCCCUGAAGGGACUGUCUAGGAACAGUGUCCACUAAAUAUAAUUUCUACCCACUAGAUGGAACUGAAGGACUGUGACCUGAGUUGACACUGAAUCUGUUGCUGCCUUACAACUCAAUCAUUCAUUACAGAUUUUUUAAAAGACAAGAAACACUGAUUUUUUUUUUUUCUUCUGAUAGUUUUAAAGAAAGAGGAAGAGAAUACCAAUAAUGAAUAUUCAUGAUCAAUCAUAUUUUGAAAAUCCUGCAGCAGUUCCAAGUGGAUGCAGAUGAUACUAUUGAAUAGUAUAAAACUGUCUGGAAAACAGGUAUGCUGAAAAAAAUGUGCCUAAUAUAAAAAAAACAAAAAAAGUUGUCCUGCCUGAAUCACCUAUGAUGUGUUUAAAACAGACCAUAUUGUUCCUAAUAAUACAUUUGACUUGCUUUCAUUAAACACUUAAAAAAGAGAGUUUUAUAAUUUCUUUUCUUACGGGUUUACUACUUUGCAAUUUUUAUCAGUUGUUUAAAAUAUAUCAGACCGUUAGAUUUAUUCCAGUUCAGUUCAACAUGUAAAAAGAAAGCUACAGAUGUGGGUAAAAUAUGCAAAUGAAGAGAAAUAUAUUGUAAAAAUUCUAUAAAAACAAAGUA